AUGCCUCUGAUAGAAGAGCUCCCAGUCAACAAUUCGACGACACGGCCUUCUCAUGGCUGGACCUAUGUGACCGACAAUGCCAGCGGUGGCCAACCCUCAUCCGGCCCUUUCAAAUCGCGCAAACGUGGGCGAGACGGCGGUGCCACGGUGACCGCACAAGCUGCCAAUAGACUCUCUGCGAAACAAGAGAAAGCGAUCCAACAGCGCUUGAAUGAUCUGGGCAAGGAAAAUCACAGAGACGUGCACAUACCGAUCCCGAAGAGAGAAGGCAGGAAGGCAGGAAAAGAGCGGAAGACCACCCAGAAUGUCCGAAGGAUUCUCGGCUACAGCAGAACAUUUCAACAUUACCUCGCUGAUGAAGAGGCUGGCACGAACCCAUAUGGGAGCGCUGGGGUCGUUGCGGUGAAUCCCGCUGCUGCUGCUGCUGCUGCUGCUACUAUUCACGGUGGACAGCCUUCGGGUGGACGGGCAGAUUCAAAGAGAAAGAGCGUGGCCAAUACAUCAUCAACGGCCGCACAGAAAAAAUCGACAGCUGCGGCUUCACUACCACCAUCGAAACGAUCGGGGUCGUCAAGGCAAACUGUAUCUUCACGAAGGCCUGCGACACCGAUAAAGAAGGAGAAGUCAGAUGCCGGAGAAGACGUAAAGAUGAACGACGGUCCAGCUACAUCAUCACCACCACCACCACCAACAACAGUGACAGGACCAGGAUUAGGACAACCCGCCAGCAAAUCACCUACGACUCCAGCACCAGCUCAAAAAUCACCACAGUCGAAACAGUCCCUGCCCGUCGCCGCUACUGGCCCCAACCUGACCGACAACACUCCAGCACCGAACCCGGAAACGUACGACCCAGUCCACGACCACGACCCACUACUCAAAACACUGUCCCUCCCGAAAAAGCCCUCCGACCGGCUGAUGGCGGCGCUGCUUGCCGAGCCGCCGCUCAGCUACACGGCGGCGCGUGCGAAACCGCUCGCCCAGGCACCGAGCGUCGAAGGCGGGAGCAACCUGCUGCUCGCAAAGCCGGCCCGCCACUUCUGCGCCAUCUGUGGUUAUUGGGGCAAGGUGCGGUGUAAGCGUGCCGGCUGUGGCGAGAGGGUCUGUGGCCUGCUCGAGUGCUGGAGGGCGCAUGAGGGCGUGUGUAGCAGUCUGGGUGCUUAUUGA